AUGGGCUCUACGGAAAACUCCCACACCACUGAUCGUCGCUUCGGCACUUUGGCCGUUCACGCCGGUGCGCAUCAUGACCCCGUGACUGGCGCUGUGAUUGCUCCUAUCUCUCUGUCCACUACAUAUGCUCAGACCAGCGUUGGAAACCCCGUUGGUCAAUACGAGUACACUCGUAGCUCCAACCCUAACCGUGAUAACUUCGAGGAGGCCAUCGCUGCCCUCGAGCAUGCCAAGUACGCUCUUGCGUUCUCAUCCGGCUCCGCCGCAACGGCGAAUAUUCUGCAGUCCCUCGCUGCAGGCUCGCACGUUGUUUCGGUCUCCGAUGUGUACGGUGGUACUCACCGCUACUUCACCAAGGUUGCCUCAGCCCACGGCGUGGAGGUGACCUUCACUCCCAACAUCGAAGGAGAUGUAGAGAAGUUGAUUCGCCCCGAGACCAAGCUCAUCUGGAUCGAGACUCCCUCGAACCCGACUCUCGGCCUGGUCGACAUUCGUGCCAUUGCCGACGUCGCCCACCAGCAUGGCAUCCUCGUUGUUGUCGACAACACCUUCAUGAGCCCCUAUGUCCAGAACCCCAUGGACCACGGUGCCGACCUCGUCGUCCACUCCGUGACCAAGUACAUCAACGGCCAUUCCGACGUCUGCAUGGGCGUGGCCGCCUUCAGCUCCGAAGCGCUCAAGGAGCGCCUGACCUUCCUCCAGAACGCCAUCGGCGCAGUGCCCUCGCCCUUCGACUGCUGGCUUGCACACCGCGGCCUGAAGACGCUGCACCUGCGCGCGCGCGAGGCUUCCAAGAACGCCACUGUCGUCGCCAAGGCUCUUGAAGCCUCACCGCACGUCAUCUCCGUCAACUACCCAGGCAUCGACUCGCACCCGCAGCGCAAGAUUGCCAUCAAGCAGCACCGCGACGGGAUGGGCGGUGGCAUGCUCAGCUUCCGCAUCAAGGGCGGGCAGAAGGCCGCUCACCUGUUCUGUCAGUACACUAAGGUUUUCACUCUUGCUGAGAGUCUCGGUGGUGUGGAGAGUUUGUGCGAGGUGCCUUCUAGCAUGACUCACGCUGGUAUUCCUAAGGAUCAGCGCGAGGUUGCGGGUGUCUAUGAUGAUCUUGUUCGCAUGAGCUGUGGUAUUGAAGACUCGGAGGAUCUGCAUGCUGAUGUUUUGCAAGCUUUGGAGUUGGCUAUUGCCAACUCGCAGAAGCUCUAA